AUGUCGCGUUUCGAGCCUCCAGAGUUGGGGACGCAUCUGCAGGGUAAAGUGGUGGUGUUGACGGGAGGCGCCCUAGGCAUCGGCGCCGAACUAGUCCGCCUGCUACACUCAGCAGGCAGCAACGUCUUCUUCGGCGACGUCUUGAUACCUCAAGGAGAAGCCCUCGCCAAAGAGUUAUCUGCAAGUUCGAAGCAAGGACAAUAUGUCAAGUUCUUGUAUACCAAUGUCUCGGACCAUCUGUCCAAUCUCGGACUCUUUGAACUUGCGUACAGCACUUGUGGAAGAGUUGAUCAUGCGGCUAGUGUAGCUGGAAUCAACAGAGAGGAAAAUAUCGUGGAUGGAAAUUUGACGCUGGAGAGUGUGCGGAAGGAACCCGAUAUCAACGACUCUCUAAACGUCAACCUCAAAGGUCCAAUCCUGUUUUCUCGUCUCGCAAGCGUGUAUCUGCGGCAACAACCUCUAAACGACAAAUCCUCCACUGCAGCAGCAAACAAAUCUUUGACGCUUGUUUCUUCAGUGGCGGGCUUUACGGAAGCUCCUGGGUUGGCGGUUUAUUCGUCGGGCAAACAUGGUGUGUAUGGCUUGAUGAGGGCGUUGAGGAAGGAAGAGGCUGAUGCUAGGAGCUUAGGNGUGCUCAUUAAGGCUUCCCCAUACUCUAUCAGGACGAAUGCCAUUUGUCCAUGGAUGACAGAGACACGAAUGGUUUCCGGCAUCGACCAAGACUGGAAACAAGCAGGUUUGCCCCGUAACAAAGCCAUCGAUGUAGCUAGAGUGAUAGCCGGCGUCAUGGUUGCCGAGUCACUCAAUGGCGAAGCUUUGUACGUGGAAGGAGGAAGAGCGUGGGGCAUUGAAGAAGGCAUUGAGCGAACGCAGCCGCAAUGGAUGGGCGAGAAGCAGAGUCGUGAUUUUCAGAAGGGACAGGAAGUGUUGGGCACAGGAGAGAAUUGGUGA